AUGAUGGAUAAAGUUCAUAUCAUCAUUUCUGUCUGGGAUUACGAUAAGAUGAGCAAGAAUGACUUUAUUGGAGAGGUAACGCUAGCUUCACAGUCGCUGAAUCUUCCUCAGGUAACACUGGCUUGUCAUGAGCAGUGGGCGGAAAUGUUGACUUCACGGCGACCUGUCGUUCAAUGGCAUACAUUGCAAGAUCGCUGGGAGAAGGAAAAGGAAAAGGACAAAGGAAAGUUUAAGGAUUAA